UGUCACUUGGAAUUUCCUUGCUCUCCUGAGGUGGAUGGAGCAGCUGAACCGUCUCCCUUCCAUCCCAUAUUCCCAGGAAUCCCAUCUGCAGGCCGAGCCGAGCCCGCGGCGAAGAUGAGGCUGGUUCUGCUCCUCAGUGCCCUCCUCGGGGCUUCCCUGGCCCUGGAGACCUUCCUGGAUUUCUGGAUCAGCCCCUCUGCCCCCGCCCUCCCCGUGGACGUGAGGAUCCCUGCUGCCAGCGUCCAGUCGGUCAAAGCCUUCCUGGAAUCCCAGGGGAUCGAGUAUUCCGUCCUGAUCGAGGACCUGCAGGUAGGGAAUUCCGACGGGCAUGCGUGGAGCCUCCGAACCCUCUGGAAGCAAACCAGGAUUCCCAGUUUGGCCUCGUUCCCGGUGUGGGCUCUCCCACGCCCUGUUUUCCAGGAGCUGGACCACCUUGCAUCCGAGCACAGCUUCGUGGAGAAGAUCCAGAUCGGGGAAUCCUACGAGAAGCGUCCUCUGUACGCCCUCAAGUUCAGCACCGGCGGGUCCAACCGCCCGGCCAUCUGGCUCGACGCCGGCAUCCACUCCCGGGAGUGGGUCACCCAGGCCAGCGCCCUCUGGAUCGCCAACCAGAUCGCCUCCGGCUACGGAUCCGACUCCUCCAUCACCUCCCUGCUGGACAAGAUGGACCUUUUCCUGCUGCCAGUGGCCAACCCUGAUGGCUUUGUGUACACCCACACCUCGAACCGCAUGUGGAGGAAGACGCGCUCCAAGAACGCGGGCAGCGUCUGCUACGGGGUGGAUCCCAACAGGAACUGGGAUGCGGGCUUUGGAGGUCCCGGGGCCAGCAGCUGGCCCUGCUCCGACUCCUACCACGGCCCCAGCGCCGAGUCCGAGGUGGAGGUGAAAUCCGUGGCUGACUUCAUCAGGAACCACGGGAACUUCAAGGCCUUCCUCACCCUGCACAGCUAUUCCCAGCUCCUGAUGUAUCCCUACGGAUACAAGUGCACCAGGCCCGACGACUACGCCGAGCUGGAAUCCCUGGGAAGAGCCGCUGCCAACGCCAUCAAAUCCGUGUACGGCACCACCUUCCAAGUGGGGCCCAUCUGCUCCACCAUCUACCAGGCCAGCGGGGGCAGCAUCGACUGGGCCUACGACAUCGGCAUCAAAUAUUCCUUCGCCUUCGAGCUGCGGGACACGGGACGCUACGGAUUCCUCCUGCCCGCCACCCAGAUCGUCCCCGCCGCCACCGAGACCUGGAUGGGGCUCAGGAAGAUCAUGGAGCACGUCCUGAAAAAGCAGGAAUGA